AUGGAGCUGUACCUCAGUGCCUGCUCCAAGACUGCCAAUGUGGCUGCCAAAAAAGCAGCCUCCAGCAGCGUGGCUGAUGACAGUCAGCAAUGUGGAGAUGGGGCACACAAAACCUCAAUUCCAGGGGUGGGAGCCGCUCAGCUACUGGAUCUUCCUCUUGGGGUCAAGCUGCCUAUGAUCCCGGGAACUGAUACUGUGUAUUUUACUACGAAUAUCAGUGAAAAGCUUUUUCGACCUUCCUAUGGUUUUAACCUGAGUGAUCCUUACUGUCGACUUUUGGAAACACAAUAUAAAAGUCUCCAUGAUCCACAUUUAAGAGCAUACUAUAAACGCAAAGAUAUUCUAAGAAGACUAAAGAAAGGUGGCUACAUCACCAGCAAUAACAAAAUUGUUUGUAGCUUGAGGGAACUGAAUAAAUACCGACAAUAUCUUACAAGCUUAAAAUUAGACUUUGAAAGAAACUAUUUAAGAGAACAGCAAUUGAUUACAAAACAACUACAUAAACUGCAAGAAACCAGCCAACUUCCUCACUGUUCUGAUGUCACACGGUUCCAGAACUGGUUGUUACAGGAUAACACACAGUCUAUUAAGGAGCAAGAACGUUUGUUAAGGCACAGGUAUUUGGAUAUGAUCAGUAAAGAAUUAGAACAACUUGAGCGCACAGCGGAGGAGCAGCGCCUGCUCCGCAUGGACAGAGAAGAGCGACGGCAGCGGGAAUACACAAGAAAAAAACUUAGUCUUCGUAGAAAAAUUGAAGAGGAAUGGAAGACAAAGGAGAUGCUGCUGCUCACGAGGAUCGGAGAAGAUGUCAAGAGAGAGCAGAGGGUAGAGGAGCAAAGGCGGAGAAGCCGAGAAGAGAGUGACAGAAAGAAACAAGCAAUGCUAGAGAAAAAAAUGGCUUAUCAUUUACAAAAAAUGCAGGAUACUGGAAUUAAAGAUGAGACAGGAAGAAAUGCAUUUGAAUAUAAAGGACAAAACGGAGUUCCUUAUGAAUCUUCCAUAAAGAAGAAAAAGAAGCAGUUUGAUGACAUAAAAAUAGUUUAUCCUGAUGGUGAAGAGAAAACAUGCAAAGGAACAUCAGGACAAGUAUCAACUGCUGUUAAUCAGUCUCAGAGUAAUUCAAAGAAUGUUACAAAAAUAUCAGUAUCUUCAGUUGCUUAUCAGCCAGACAUACAGAACAGUAGUUCGGAGCAAAAGAGAAAUGAAGUAAUGAGAAAAAUAAGUGAUGAAAGAGUUCCUGUAAACACAUCAGCUCGGAAUUCAAUUAUUUCAACUCAAAAUUCACCCACAAAGAAUACUAGACUUUCCCAUGCAUCCUUGGGUCCUCAAAAAGACGAGAAGGAGUUGCAAGGUGAUUGGAAUGGAAGACCAAGCAAGAAAUCAAGCUAUGUUGGUGAACCAGGAUCUCAGGGUGGUGCUCCCGCUCCGGGUAUUUUUUCUUCUCCUGUUUACUCAAAUAUGCAGCAAAAUCUACAAAAUUGCUUGCAAGAUAAAAUAACUUCUGAAGAACUAAAUAGCAUAAUUCAAAAUAUAAUGACCUGGGUUGUAGCUACAGUAACCAGCAUAUUAUAUCCAGCUAUCACAAAAUAUGAAGAAAGAGUACAGAGAAAUAUUUACCCAGUGUCUGAUGACUCAGACCUUUCUUCUGAUAGUUCAAGUUUCUGUAGUACAUGCAGUGAGGGCUUUACAUACAGAAGUUACACAGAUAAAACAUUUCCAGCAGAUCCUUGUACAUUUGCUGGUGACACGCCAGUGAAGAAACCACCCACGCCUUUGAAACCUCCUUCUGCACAUGUUGAAAGAACAGUUAUUGGUAAAGCAUAUCAUAUGAGAGAACAAUCGAUAUCUUCACAAGUCAAUUACAACAAAAGCAGCUUGCAAUAUCCAUUUCCUAAGAUAGGAAGCAGUAAAUCUGAUAGUCACCUUAUGACAUCCUUAGAAACAAGCACUAAAAAAUCUAAAGAUGCUACCACAGAAACAGAUAACUUAGAGAUUCCAAUGCUAUAUGAUCAAAAAGCAAAGGCCAUGGAUCAGAUGAAAAAUUUGAAGAACGUUUUUGUGAACUUUAAAUGUCACUUGAAAGGAGAAACACAACUUAUUUUAGAAAGUAUUUUUCAAGAAAUAAUGUCUGACUUGAGCCAGGCUAUUCCUUCUCUGUCUUCUGUGACUGCUGAAGUUUUUGUUGAUCAAAGUGAUACAGAAAGAGAAGACUUGGUCUCAAAUGUUGACAUAUGCUCAGUAGCUUCAGAGAUUGUAGAAAACAUGCUUGAGAAGCUAGAGUCUGCCGUUGAGAAAAAAUGUGUGCAGAUGUUUUCACAAGAAGAUUUGACAGUUGAUAUUAAACCACACUUCUCAACUAGUGGAGAAUAUUUCUCAUCCAUAGAUACAAAACCUUCAGAAGAUACAUUGACUUACACCUUGGAGCCAAUGUGUGAUAUUGCCGAUGAUAUGGUACAUGCCAUUUUAGAGAAGUUGAUGACUCUUGCAUCUUAUAAGAAAAAUGAACUUCCUCCUGAAGACACGACUAAACAUUUCCACCAACAAAUAAAGACAGAGCCAACACAUAAACUACAUAAAAAACCUGACCAAAGGAAAUCUAGUCCUGAAUCUGACACUGCUAAUCUCAUUGUGAAAGAAGAAAUACAAAACUUAAUUUCAAACAUUUUUUCACAGUCCUCUCUAGUUGGUUAUGUAGAAGAAGCAAUAAGCACUAUACUAGGUUAUGUACAAACUGAACUUAAUAAUGAGAGACUUAUUGCAUCUGAAGAAACAGUAGUACUCCUUCAGCUCCUGGAUGAUGUCUUAACUCAGCUUCACCAGGGGCCAGCAAAAGCAAGUGUUAAAAAACACAGACAACCUAGAGUAAGAAAUCUUCCUGAUACUGAAGAAAAGUAUAGACUCACUGGUCCUAGGUCAUCUAAUGAUCUUAGAACUAAAAGACCAUUUCCCCCUGUUAAUGUCCCAGGCAUGGUUCUGUAUUCUGAAGACGAUGAUGAGGAAAUAGACUACCUCGUGAAAAAUGUGCUUGAUUCAUCCUUCAAUGAUGAAAAAACAAAAUCACAGGAGCAGAUUACUAACGAUUGGUCUGUGAAGAGAGACACUUGUUUUGAACCCAAAAGAAGUAAUAAACUACCAACAAAAACUUUUCAAAGCAAAUCUGGAUCUCAUGACUGGGGAUUAAAUUUGGAGUUAUCUCUUAGUAGUGAAGACAGUAUGAAGACAAAGCAAUGCUUGACUAAUGAUGCUCCGAUUUUCAACCAAGACCAAAAGCAUCAAAUACAAAAGGCUUCCGAAAACAUAGUUAAACACAUUUUAACAGAGAUGUUCAAGGAUAUGUCAUCUGUUUCAUCUUCUUACCCAGAUAGUAAAGCUAGUGAAGAAACCUCUGAUUUCAUCUCAGAAAAAUCUCAAGGACUACCAAAUCAAGAAUGUAUGGGACAGAUGUUCUCUGGGCCAGAAAUUUGUGCAUUUGCACAUGGAAUAACAGAUUCUGUGAUAAAUAUACUCCACAAGGCCUCUAAGUACAUUCCUAAUACCAUUAAAAAUGCUUUUUCACCAGUUCAUCAAACUUGUCUAGAUCAUUCAGAUGCUCCACAAACAGCCAAAGAAACAUCAAGUAAAACACCAUUCAAAGUAUGGUUUGACAGUGAUAAGAAAAUGAAAUAUUUAUCUUCACUCAAUGUAGAGCUUGAAAAGACAUCCAAGUUAAGGUCUAGAGAAUGUGAACCUAAGCAUGUAAAUGAUAUUACUGAUAAGAUCAUUAAUACAAUUUUUAAAAGUCUGAAGUUAUUUGUUUGUCCAAAACUACAGAGAGGCAACAAAUCUUCACUGGUAGAAAAAUCAUUACAUUCUCAACUUAGUGCUUAUACAAUGAAAAUAGUCAACAUUGUUUUACAUGCUAUACAGAAUGAACUAGGCCUCAACAAGCUAAACCCAAAUACUAGGGAGACAGACCAUAUCAAGUGUCAUGCAAGCAAAGGGUUGUUCACUGAUGCCAAUGAAGCAGUAGACUCCCAUAUCAGCAGUGCCAAUGACCUUAAGGAAAGUCCAUUAAUGACACAUAUUUGUGAAAUGAUAUCAAGUACAAAUGAAAAUCAAACAAAUAAUUUAACUUCUACAGAUAAGGCAGUAUCUACAACACUAGGUGGAUCUGACAAUGCUAAUAAACAAAACAUUUUGUCAAAUAAGCAAGAUAAAAAUUCAUUUCAACAAUAUAUGGCUACACCUUGUAUUCACCACAGCAUCGUCAACACAAAGGAUUUGAAAGAUAGUCCCAAAUUGAAGGUGUUAGAUCAAAUUGGAGAAACACUACAUGAAAUGUUAAGCAAACUCCCAGGAACCCAUCAUGAUUCUCAACCAUCUUGUAGUCAGAAAAACACAGAGAAGUCACAUAAGGAUCCUCCAGCACUAUCUAAUGUUCAACCCAUUUCCAAAGCAAUUCUGGAAUAUGUGCUUGCAAAACUAUGUGAUAUUGAUAUAGAUACCAGCAUUGUAAAUUCUGGAUCAAAAACUGUCUCAGAAUCACUUGACAUUGACAACCUAUCAUUUGAUUCAAUUCUGGAGGAAAUGGCCAAAUGCACCAACAUAAUCUCAAGCAUAAUUUCCAAAAUGAUUAUGGGUAAAAAAGAGACUACUAAAAAUAAAGCAAAAACUGAUAUCCCAGUGUCUUCCAAAACUGAGAACUCAAAAGGAAUGUGCCCAAAUAAACUGAAAACUUUAGCUUCAGAUAUUCUUAACAUGGUUUUUGCUAAACUGGAACUAUUUGCCAGUGGAAAUGUAGAAAAUGUUGGUGGUCUUAAUGAUGAAAAUAAAAAAGAGAAUAUGAUGGAUUGGGAAUGUGAAAGCAAAAGUUCACCCACAGAUUCACAUGAUAAAUCAUUGCAGUCUACUUUAUACAAUCAUGCAAAGAAGGUAUCAAGUGCUAUUUUGAAAGCCAUUCAAACGGAAUUAAAUAUUGACCCAUCAGAUUGUAAGAAAGAUAUAAAAAGCUCACCUCAAGAGACACAAAUGUUUACAAAUAUAGUUGAUUUAAUUUUAAAUGUAGCAUCUUCAGACAUAUUUACGGAACCCAUAUCUGAGAACAGAGGCAUUGAAAAUUAUCGAUAUCGACCAACUUACGGAAAUUUCCUUCCUGGAGGAGCUGAAUCAGAGUCAUUUCUAGAUAAUGAUGAAGAUCAAAAGAAAGAAUUUAUUGGAGAUAGAAUAUCAUCCAGAGAAGAAACUAACACCUUUUCUACUGACCAGUGGAUCCUUGAAAGAAUCUUAAACAAAAUUGAAGUAAAACUCAAAGAACCACACAAAUCUCCAAUUGUUCCCAUUAUAAGAAAUAUUUUGAAUGAAAUUUUUCAAAGUGCUUUAAUCAAUCAAUUAAAUGUUAUUUCUCUCUCACACUCCCAUUUUACUGGUAUGUCUUAUAAUGUCCCUGUGUCAACUAUUCAAACAUCUACUCAGUUUAUGGAUCCAUUGAUGGGCCCUUUAGUGUCUGACACAGAUGUAUCUCUAGUGGUAAAUGAUGUGGUUAGGACCGUAUUUCACAAACUUUUUUCAGCUGCCAUGACAGUAAAACCUGUAAGUGAAAACAGAUGUGAAACAAUCAUUUUUUCAACCAAUGUUUCUUUUUGUGAGCAUACCUAUGCAGGAAACAGGCCUGUCAGUGUGUUAAAUGGAAAUACAUGUGAUAUUCAGUCGAGCUGGAAUGUUGACAAACAGACAAAAAUAAAUGUAGUUGAAGAUAUUGUUCAGGCAAUACUAGAAAAUUUAGAAAAUUUUGCUGCUUCCAAAGUAGAAUCUCUCUUUCAUCCCCAAAUCAACUUCAGAGUUCCGGUGACUUUGCCAGUACAGCAGCAAGGGGGAUCAUUAAGCAAAGCAUUAUCAAGCAGAGACUCCUAUUCUGAUAAGCAAUUUCCCUGUGGUUCAGUGGAGCAUGACACCCCAGGAAAGAUGGAUUCAUGGUGCCAACUGUCUUUGUCCAAAUUAAAUGUUUAUGCAAAAGAAGUGGCUAGGAAAAUUUUACAAGGUAUCAAAUAUGAGUUAGAUAAAGAGCAAGAAAGUCCUCUCCUGACAAAUAACAUUGUGGUUUCCGAGAAUAUUGCAAGUCAGAUUGUUAGCUCAGUGCUUGAUAUUGUGUCAUGCAAAAGUAAGUGUGACAAAAACAGUUCUGACAAGGACAAUUAUUCAGAUCAGCAAGAUGGUAUUAUUGAAAGGCUAGUCAAUAAGACAGAAUAUCGAAAAAUACUUGAGUUUCAAAUUCAAGAUACCAUUGAAAGGAUCUUAUGUGAUAUUUAUGAAAACAUUAUAUAUCAAAAUAACUUCUCAUUUGCCACACCCACUCUGCAAUAUAGUAUACCUCGUAAACACUCAGAAGCAAGUUUCCAACCAGUUGUUAGGGGUACAAAUAUUAUCCCUAAAGUGUCAGUUCCUAAAACAGAUGUCAUUUUGGUGUCCAAAGAUAUAGUGGAUAUCGUACUUCAUAGCCUUACUUCCUUGGUCAUGCUUGCUAUAAAUGCAAAUGAUCCUGCUUCCGCAAGAUUGGCCUUCUAUGAUAUGUUUCCAAAAUCACAGUGCCAACAGCCUCUAUAUAUAACACAAAGAACUGAAGAAAAACCGGGGCGUUUUUUAUGUGCAAAAGAUAAGAGUUUAGCUUAUGCUGAUGUUUACCAGAUGCCCAUAAAGAGAAAUGAAGACACCAGGGAACCUGCACCAGAUCCAUGUGAGGAAAAUGCCAACUUCAUUACUGAAACUAUUUUCAAUAGGUUACAGUCUUUUGCCACAGAAAGAAUAAAUUCAUUAACGACUCCUAUCUUUCAGUCUAGUAAAGAAAAUGUAUUUAUUAGCCCAGAAUUUGAAAAUGGUAAACAUGAUGACAACUUUUUUCUUGAACCAGGCCAAGUUGAAUCUCGUGUGAAUGUCCUAAAAUUAUCAACAACUGAAGCAGACCCUAGCCAAGAACUUGUGGAACCCAUUUUUACCAGCUGUGGAGAAAGUCUUGGAACCACAAUACAUUUAUCACAAACUGCCCUUAAAGACUAUGCUGACUUCAUUGCCAGUGCGAUUUUGAAGCUUAUUAAAAAUGAUUUAGACUUAGAAACACAAAGUAUGCACACAUGUUCAAACAGCAUUUUAUUUCAAAAAAAUAUUAAUGUCAGUGAAAUUGUCAAUAGUAUCUUAAGGAUUUUGCACAAUAAAGGAUCUAUGAAGCAAUUUUUUUUACCCUCACCAGAAAAUCCCAGUUGUUCACAGUUAACCAUACCAAAUGAAGUUUUGCUGGAAUACAAAGAGAAGGAAAACACUGGCACAUUGUCACAGUUUAUAAAUCACCCCUUAGAAGAAAGCCAAAUAAUAGUGGAAAAGGAAAGUCAAAGAGUUAUUUUGGAAGAAAUAUUUAUGAGGAAAGGUGAAUCAAAACCAAAGGGAAAAUCUGAAAUAUUCACUGCAGUAGAAGAGGUUUUGAAGAAGUUGAGUGAAAAAAUAAUGGAAAUUAUAGGCCACUUGCCUCCAUUUAAUGAAAUUCCUUACAUUGUAUCUAAGUCUAAAAGUAAAAUGUCAGGUAUAACACAGAAGAAAUUCUUUCAGUCUCACAUUAACAAUGUUUCAAAUGAUAUACUUGAAAAUAUUUUGGGAGAAAUGCACUCUGUAGUUGUGGCAUCGUUAUACAAAAAAAAUAAAAGCAGGAGAGAGGUAGAAAUGCAUGACAAUAAUGAUAUAUUAUUAAAAACACCAUGCUUUAAAGAAACUAAGCCAACAAGAAAAAUAAGUAAUCCCCCUAGAUUUGGGGUACCAGAAAUGCAUCAUUAUGCUGACAAUUUAAAUGCUCUUGUGUUAGAAAACACGUUUUUUCCAUAUUCACCAUUGCAAAUUGGAAGAUAUUUAGUUGAAAUAGUUCUUGAUAAGCUGUCAAAUUUUGUUUCCCUGCAUCUAGAAGAAAGAUUUCCCUUUGAAGGUAGCUAUGAUGACAUGUACCUUCUUAGGCUACAUAGUUCUAAACUUAGCCCUAAGAACAGCCCUAGGACAGGAUGUAAAACAAGUUUAAAAACAAGGUCAAAAAUUACCUCUCUCUCUAAAUUUAGAACAAAACCACAUCUAGGCAUUAGCGGUACUAAGUCUAAAAGCAAGACCAAGUUAGGUGCUGGAGAGAAGACUCCAAGAGAGAACCGAUCCAAAACCGCCAUUGGACUACCACAAACUCUGUCAACAGAGGAUGCCAAAGUCAUGCUGAAAACUAAACUACCAGCUUCAGAAUUAAGAGUUUAUGCCAAGAAUAUAAUAACUGAUAUUUUAGAAAUAAUUAUGAAAGAACUUGAAAGGGUGGCACAAAAUAGAACCGUGUUGAAUACAAAAGCUUUACCAUCUGGUCAAAUCCUUGAAGCAAGCAAAAUUGUUAAUUCAGUGUUGCAAGAAUUAUAUGCUACAAACAAUCAAAAUUUGACUUCUCCAAUUAAUGUCUCAAAUGUGGGUGAUCUUCGCCUAUCAAAGCAGAAUCUGAGUGCAGGCUCCCCUACUGAGCAACAGGCAUGCUUUUAUUUAGAGAAUGUUUCCUCACAGCUAGAACAGAUUUUUCCUAAAGAAGGUAUAUUUAAAAAAAUGUUUGACAAGUGGCAAACAGAAACAAGUGAUACAGAAAAUGAAAAGUCUAAACUUUUAACCAUAGCUGAAAACAUUUUGACUGAAAUUUCAAUUAAAGCAAAAGAUUUGGAGUAUUCACUUUCACUCUUAAAUUUACCACCUCUUGAAGAUUGUGAAAACAGAUUCUAUGAUCGCUUUAAGUGUGGAUCUACUAGAGCUGAGGAUACAAAAGCACAAAUCAAUAUGUUUGGACGGGAAAUUGUCGAAAUGUUAUUUGAAAAAUUACAACUGUGCUUCUUGUCUCAGAUGCCUACUCAAGAUAGUAAGGGAAUUCUAACAAGUAGGAAAGAACAUGUUGCUGCUAAAAGUAAGCAUGGUGUUCCAAACAAGCGUAUCCUCAGUGGUGUGCAGACCUGUAACAAGACGAAAGAUCAAGUGUCUAUGAAUCCUAGAAACCAAAUUGUGCAAGAGAUUGUAGAAAGGGUCUUAAACAUGUUAGAGUCAUUUGUGGACUUGAAGUUUAAGCAUAUCUCUAAAUAUGAGUUUUCUGAAAUAGUUAAAAUGCCUAUAGACAAUCUCUUUCAAGUGCAACAGAGACAAUUAAGCAAAAAGAUGUUGCCAAAAUUACAACCAUUUAGAAAGUUUGGUGACGAACCCAAGUCAAGUGCUAUUAUAUCCAAAGAAAACGUACAGAACACACUCCUACAGGUUCAUUCAUUCCAUUCAGAAUUACUUACGUAUUCUGUCACUACUGUCAGUGACAUGCUUAGUAUAAUCAAGAAUAAGCUAGACAAAGAAAUAAGCCAAAUGGAACCAUUUCCAGUUAGCAUCCUGAAAGAGAAUAUUGCUGCAAGUGAAAUCAUUGGUACACUGAUAGACCAGUGUACUAAUUUCAAUGAGUCUUUGAUCACAAACCUUCCAAACAAAAAUUGGUUCGAAAGAACUGAGAAUGUUUACAUUGUUAAUCAGGUUGAAUAUGGAUCUCAUGUGAAAAUGCCUACAUCAAAGAUAAGAAACACUAGUAUGAGGACUAACACUCCACAAAGGAGUAUAUCUGGUUUGGGGAUUAAUUCAGAGGAUGAUGCAAAACAAAACUAUGAGAUAACUUCUAAUUCACCCUCACACAUCAGUUCCUGUGUCGAAAACAAAAUUAAAAGCCCAGAGUCAACAGGAAGGCCCAAUUCAAAAGCUGUGCCAUCAUAUUCUAGAAACAAAGCACAAGACCAGAGCCAAAGGAAACCAAACUUUGGACUUUUUGAGGGAUCCACCAAAGGUAGCAGUUCUCUUCCUGAAGGCAGUGUGUUGCAAAAAUUGUUUAAGAAAGCAAAUGAUUCCACAGAAGAAUCAUUAAAACAAGUCAUGUCAUUCAUAGAAAUGGGGAAAGGUGAAAAUCCAAGGGUUUUUCAUUAUGAGACCACCAAACCAACUGAGCCAAAUGAAAUUAAGACAAAUGCUUCUCCACUCAAAAUAUGUUUAGCUGCAGACAAUAUUGUUAACACAGUACUGUCAAGCUAUGACUUUUCCCAUCAGCCAAACCCUGAUGAAAGCCUGGAGAACACAAAACCAUGUUUUACAUCAAGGCAAAAUUCUUUGUCUGCGGUAUGUGAUGGACAAACAAAUGAGAAAAACUUGCUUAGAAUGUGGUAUCAACGAAUGGCCUGUAUAAAUGAAGAAGAAAGUGAAGGACUUGAAGCCUGCCAAGGGGAUUUUUCUUUAUUACACAAAUGGAAAAAUAAAAACACUAAAAUGACAGAGACUUUGGAGGAAACUGACACAAUCACUUUCGUUGACCAUGAACUGGGUCCAAAUGAAAUGCAUUUGGUGGCAAGACAUGUUACUACAUCUGUGAUCAGACACUUGAAGAACUUCAAAACUGCAGUUUCAACUGAUGAGAAGUUAUCUCAUGUUUCUUCACUCGCAGAGAAUAAUUAUGACUCAAAACAGCCUCUAAAAAGUAUAUACAGUAAUUCUUCAGUGUAUCAGUUUUGUGAACAUCUCUCUGAAUCAGUCAUCUGCUACUUAAUUUCAAACAUUUCAGAUGGCACCGAAGAGGAUAACAAAGACAAAGCAUGGGAAAUCCAAGAUGUAAUAUCUAACAAAAAUAUCUUAAUUCAUUCUCAAGUGUAUAAGAGCAGGACUAUUUCCAUUGGAGAACUCGCUUUAAGUAUUUUUGAAGUUAUUAUUGAAAUUCUUUCUAAUGGUAACUUUAUAAGUGCUGACGAGGCACAUCAGACUUCCAUAAAAAACAAGUACAGAUUCGGUCCAAGAGUGACUUCUUCCGACAUUGAUGAUAUCUUUCAAGAUCUCUUAAAAGGAGUGAUUUGUGUAUUGUCCAAAGUACUAGGAAUAAAUCAUCACUUUGAAAAUAAUGUAAGAAACAAAACAUAUUCUACAUUUAGAAACAAUAUGCCCAUUUUUAACAAAAUCAAUACCAUAGAAAGUCAGAUAGGUCCCAGAGACCAGGAAUCAUCUCACCUAAUUGAUCACCAUGCUCAAAGAAAUAAAUUAAAUUAUCUGGCAUGUAGGUUAAACAGUCUUGUUGGUAACCUAAAAUCUCAUGAAUCCAAAGAAGUUGUCAAUGAAGUCUUCAAUAUUGUUUUAGAUUUAUUUUUACCAGAUGAAUUCCCAGAUGGGGAUAUGAGUUCUGUCAAACUAGCAAGAACAUUUGUCACUACAAAUAAUCAACAAAGUAAUAGAAUCCUUACAAAUAAUCUAGGACUUUCCCCUAAAUCAGUUUUUCUUCUCAAUAUUGUGUGUGAGAAACUUAUUAGAACACUUCUAGAAAAAUGCACAGGUUCUGCAUUUCUUGCAGAUAGUUCUCUUUUUCGUGAAGUAGCAGAAGAAUGUCAAUAUGGAAAAUUACUUCAAAGUGUUCAAGGUGGAGAUUUUGAUUACUGUAAGGCACCAAUGGACUGUGAACAAUUUCAAGGAGAUUACAUGGCAGACCUUUUGGAAAAUCUGGCAGACAUGGAUCAAGAUUUAUUAUCAUCAGACUGUGUACUUAAUGUUAUAUCCCACAGCUUGGUUAAAUCUUUGAUGGAUAAGCUAUCUCAUGGUUUUCAACAAGCUCCUUUUGAAAACAAAUGCAUGAGCUACAGAACAAGAGAAAUACAGCCUUUUUUCCCAAAAGCAAAAAGGCGAGAAUUAAUAGAAUUGGGACAAAAUAAUGCUCAUGUAGGAUUCAUGAGCUGUGACAGUAAAAUUCUGAAUAAUGGAGCAAGCUUUAAAAUGCAAACACCAUUUGGCAAACAAAGGGCAGUAAGACCUUUCUCUUUGUCACUUCCUGAUAGACAAGAAACAAGGGGAAUGAACACAGUAGCCUUUCGUAAGCUAUGUCAAAGAGGUGCAAAUGGUGGUAUUUAUUCAGCCACAUUUUUGGAGGACAUAAUCUCAGAAUUGUUUUUUAAGCUGACUACUUCAUUGUGGAGGAAAAAUAUAAACAUCACUGAAACCUGGCUCAAUGAGAUAAAUACAUCACUUAUCAACAAUGUAGUGGAUGAGUUAAAUAAUGCUCAAAUCAAUGUUCUAAAGUAUCCUGAGGAAAGGCUGUAUUUUCCAUCAGCACAUAAAGGAUGUGUUACUAAGAUUGUUGAUUCCAUUUAUUAUGAUGUUUUACAGCAUUAUGAAUUUAAAGUAAUCUGUGGGAAUAAUCUGCCAUAUGACAACACUUCAGUAGGUGAACAAAUGUCUAAUAGCAUAUUGUUAGAGAUUGUGGACUAUCAACUUCCUUCUUGCUUCAAGGGAAAGCUUAGAUCAAAUUCAUAUCAUACUCUCAAUGCUGAAAUCAUACUAUAUAAACUUCAAAAUAAUCUAAGAAAAUUUAUCUCUGAACCCAUGUCUUCAAAAGGUUAUAGCACCAUGUUACCACACUCAUUUUUAGAAUAUGUCAUCAGAAGACUUUUAGCUCAGCUUAUUCCCCUGCCUAUUAAGCCUUCAUCUUUAGAAAAACAAUGUUUAAUGAACUCAAAUUUUAAUGAAAUGUCCAACUGUAUAACAAAUAAAGUUAUGUCAGCCAUUUCAAAACAUAAAAUCUGGUUCACCAUCUAUGAUAAUCAAUGUCUCUACACAGAUAAGAACCUCCAAAAGAUGGUAGAUUCUGUUUAUAGUAAUAUUUUACAAAUUUCUGAUUCUCUUGAUUCAAUACAGAAGAAUAUAAUUAACCGAAGUCCGAUUAUGAUUGACCAAAUAGCCAGUUUCAUUAUCCAAGAGAUUAUUGAAAACCAUCUUCAACCAUUUUUGUGUGGAGAGAUUUUACCUCGCCCCAAAACUCCACUGGAUGAGGUAUCUUAUAUGGUCAAACAAGUUCUCAGUGAAGUUGUAGAGUCUCACAAACUCCAGAAGCCAUCACCUUUUAGCGUUUACCCUGAUAAAUUUGUAGGGGAAAUCGUUACCAGAAUUUUAUCAAAGAUUUUUAGUCCUAAGCCUAAUAUUAAUGCUGAACUGGAAAAUAUGACCCAAAAAAUAGUAAACUCAGUGAAUAACCAUUUAGACAAAGCUAAGAUUCCUAUUCUAUGUGAUAAACAAUCAUCCUUUCCAUUUGGUGAUACAGAUAUUGUAGAUGAACUUGUCACCUCAGUAUAUAGAAACGUUUUGAAGCAGCAUGGGCUAGAUCCUGACAUUGACGAGUCUGAAAAUAGUGAUGCUUUUGUGGAAAAUAUUACCAAAUUAAUCAUGGCAGCUAUUUCAGACUACCUUCUUCACCCACUGUUUUCUGGUGAUUUAUCGACCGCUUCCUGUUCUAGUUCAAUGGCUGAUAAUAUUGUUUAUGAUGUUCUUGGUAACAUCAAUAAAUCUAGUAAGCCAAACCAGUGUUUACCUCCAUAUAAUACAUUGCUACCAUAUACAUUUUUAGAAGAUAUGAUCAGAGUACUCUUAUCUAAAUUUUUCCCUUUUCCCAAAAUGGUUCCAAAUACAGCAGCUCCAAAAGAUAAAGAAGUAAAUUUUAAUGAAAUUGCUUCCAAUCUGAUCAGCGAUAUUAGGAGAAAAAUUUCCCAACAUGAAAUUAGAUUUUCAAAAGAUGAAGCUAAAGCCAAGCCCUUUUACUCAGAAGAAGAUGUUCGCCGUCUUGUUGAUUCUGUUUUCACAAAUAUUUUAGAAAACUCAGAUUCUCAAGAAUCAGUGGAAGAAAAUAUCACAAAGAGUAAUGACGUUUUCAUUGACAAAAUCGCAGGUUUUAUUAUUAAAUAUGUGUGUGAACAGCAUCUUCAGCCAUUUUUGGAAAAAAGGCAAUUAUCUACUUCACCGUACAAAUGUGUUGGUGACAGACAGCAGUUCAUUUAUUCUAGUGCUUAUUCUUCAACUUUUUUGGAAGAUGUGGUCUCUGGAGUAGUAAGCAAAAUAUUUCACAGAGUGGUUGGCAUUGUCCAAGUGGAGUCUACAAGAAAUUCAGAAGAUGUUCUGUUUGAUAAAGCUGAAAGUCUCAUAUAUUGGAUAACAGAGGAAUUUUCAAAAGCCCAGGUUACAACUAUAGAGAAUGCUGAGGAACGGUUGUGUUUUCCCUCAGUUGAGGAAGAGGUACUCAAAAACAUUAUUGGCACUGUGUACAGCAAAGUUUUAGAAGAAUAUGAAAUGGAAGUGGUGCCUGAUAAAGAUUUUCUAGAUGACACAAAGGCAUUGGCUGGCCAGAUAACCAAAAUCAUUCUGAUUGAAAUUUUUGAUUUCCAAAUUCCACCAGAUCUUAUAGCAAAUCUGCCUUCAAGUUUACAUUCCAAACUUAGUCAAAAUGUUUUGGUAAACAGAGUCCAUUAUGAUAUUAGUAAAUCAAGAUUCCGAAGACAAGCAUCAACAAUAUAUACUACUAUGCUCUCACAUAUUCAUUUAGAAAAAAUUGUCACUCAGCUUAUAUCUCAGAUAAAUACAUCACAUUCCAGUGUAGAAUAUUCUGAUACUUCUCAAUCAGACCUAAGUAACACAGUUAUGAAACUGAUAAAUGAAAUCAUGUCAAUAAUUUCAAAACAUGCAAUAUGUAUUGUAAAACAUGGAAAUGAAAAACAAAGUAUGAUUUCAGAAAAAGAUAUGCAGUCAAUGGUUGACUCCAUAUAUGCUGAUCUUUCUCGUUCAAACCUUUACCAGUCUCUAACAAAGGAUAAAAAAGGUGUAAGUAGCAUACCUGUUUCAAAAAUAGCAAGUUUUAUAAUAAAAGAAAUCUUUAAUCAUCAUCUAGAGUCAUUCUUAUCAGGAGAUAAAAGUUUUCUUUCAGCUUCAGUUGCUCAACCUUGCAAAAAUAAAUCAACAAACCCUAAGCAAAGAGAAUUGUCUUUCAUUAUGAACUCAGCUGUCUUUUUGGAGGAAGUAAUUUCUGAGCUUUUAUGCAAAAUUCUGCAGACAUUCGUACAGAAUUACUUGGCUGCUGAAACCCCAGAGAAAGCAAUAGCCAAAAUAAUGGAUAUCGUUACAACCUUAGUAAAAUCAAUUGUUUUAGAGUUCACUACAUCUGAAAUUUUACUUGCAGAAAAUUUGGAUGAGAGUCUAUGGUGUUCAGACACAUAUAAAGAAAUGGUUCAAAAAACAGUCAACUCCGUUUAUGAAAAUAUAUUAGAUAAAUAUAAAUCACUGAUGCAACUACAUAGGGCUGUACAAAAUGACACUACUUGUUUUGGAGGAAAAGUAUAUCAUUUUCUACUGGAAGAAAUUUAUGAUUAUCAAGUGCAGUCAUUAGUUUCAGGUGAAUUAAUGCCUUCUUCCUAUUCUUUUCCUCGAGCUGAAAAUAUCAUCAAAAAUGUGCUCAAUGUCAUCUUGAAGGAUACCAAUGCCUUGCCAUCAUGCAUUACAGUGCUCCCUUGUUCUCUAAUAGAAAAUAUGAUUUACAAGCUUUUAGUAAAUAUCUUCCCUACAGAUGAGACUACAAGUAAACAAGAGAAAGAGGUUGGGCCAGAUGAUGGUGACGAGUUCAUGGCUGCAGCUUCAAAACUGACUGAUGAAAUUAUGAAAGAAAUUUCUGAGCAUGAGAUCAGAUUUGCAACUGAAGAGGAGAAUGCAGAUAUUACACAACUGGGAACUACUGAGAAUUUCGUUGACUCUGUAUGUAAUAAUAUUUUGAAAAACUCUGAAUUCCAAGCAGAAGUACAGAAAGAUGCACACAAAAAGGGAGGUUCAUUUCUCAGUAAAAUGGCUGGUUUCAUUAUGAAAGAAAUCAUGGAUUAUCAUUUGCGACCAUUUUUAUAUGGUGAAGACUCACCUUCCAGUAACUUACCUGAUUAUGGCCAUGCUUCUGUUGUUGCUAAGUCUGGCAAAGAAAAGGCACAGCCUUCUCUAUUUUCAGCUGCAUUUUUAGAAGAUGUAAUUGUUGACCUUGCUCACAAAUUUUGUUCUUUUACAACUCUUACUGAAGAUUCUAGGAAAAAAGGUAUGCCAGAGCCAGAAAUUGUAAGCUUGCCUAUCAACUUUGCAAACUCUCUCAUACGGGAAUUUAGGAAAAGUGAAAUCAAAGUUUUACCACAUGCUGAAGAAAUAUUUUCUUUCCCACCAAUUGGGAAGGAGACAGUUGCUGAGAUAUCUAAUUUUGUAUAUGAUCAGUUCGUGGGGAAAUUUGGAUCUGAUAGUAUUCAGAAAGAUGACACUGGUAACAUUGUUAUAGAAAUGGUUUCUUCUUUAGCCCAGAAGGCAAUAUCUGCAUUCAAAAUUCAACCUCUAUUUUCAGGAGACUGGUGUUCAACUUUCUUUUCAUUUUUAGAUCCAGAAAAUAUCACCCAAAGGAUUCAGCUCCUACCACAGAAAACCUCCACACAGAUUAGCCGAUGCUUAAAACAGACCCAGCUGGCUCUAUCUAAAGACACAUCAAUGAAAAAAGAUGAGGUCCCAUAUCCAAUGCUUAGCUCUUUUGCUACCAUGAUGAAAAGCAAUAUCAUCAACCUGAUGUCGGGAUCAACUACAGGUGUCACAGAUACAAAGAAAGAUGAUGAAAAUAAACCGAGAUCUGCCAAUCAAAUAUAUGAGAAUGCCUCGAAAUUUAUGUCUUCAACUACCAGUGUGAAAAGUAUAGGUACUCAAGUUCAACAUUUGAGGGACAGAGGUAAGAGUAAAGAAACUGGGAAAGAGAACUUACUUAUAAUCAAUGAGCAGGGUCAGAUGCUUGAAAUAUACACCCAUUUUUCAGUUGCUACUGUUGAAAACAGUUCUGAGAAGGAGGUACUUGUAUCAGAUUUUGUAACAGACAAUGAAAGGAAAAUGGACAAUGCCAGUAAAGAUUUAGUGAAAACAGAUGAUAAGCCCCAAAACAAGAGUAAAGAGAGCACAACAGAAAAAACUGUAAAAAUAGCCCAACUGCCCGUUACGGAAAAAAGGACACAAUCUGUAGUUGAAACAGAUAUAGAUGAAGAGCUGUACUCAGAAACUGAGCGUGUUGAAAAUGUCAUUGAGAAUAUUUAUGACAAUGUUUUAACAAUAUCUUCUCAAGAACCAUUGGAUUUUUCCAAACAAAUAUACAACAAAGCCCUCCAAAGUGAUAAAGCUUUGGCUAUACUUCAAGAUUCUGCACAGUCUGUUACAACAAAGAGUUUAUCCCCAUCAGUUAGCAAAGACAUCACCAUUAAAGAGAAAGCAAGUGAAGAAACUGAAACUAACAGAAAACAAGAGGAGAGUGAGAUAAAAAAAGAGAAAGACAUUAAAAGUCAUCCUAGUAAAUCAGACCAUCCACAGUCCUCAUCAGAAAGUAAACCUACAAUUAUUCCUGCUAAGUUUCUAGAAGAUGUGAUCACUGAAUUGGUGAAUAAACUAAUAUUUACAUCUUCGCCAGAAACAAAAACUCGUGAUAGAACUCCAGCAACAAGUGAGGACCAAAACCAAAGUAAACUUUAUGACACAGCUAUGAGACUCAUUGACUCAAUGUUGAAGCAGUUUUCAGAUGCAGAAGUUAAGGUAUUUAGACCAAAGAAGGAAAAUGAGAUUAUCUCACAAGCAACCAAAGAAUCAGAAGCUCAUACGGUACCUCUUGGGUUUCAAGAAGCAGCUACAGGUGAACCAGCAUCCAGCAUGAAUAUUAAAAAUGUGGAUAAAUUGCCACAUACACAUAAAACCACUGAACAAUCCUCUCCUGACAAGAUCCCCUCCAUAGAUAGGAUGCCAUCAAUUGAAAAAUCAGUUGUCAAUAAAAUUGUUCACUCUUGUGUUUGCAAUGUUUUAAAGGAAUGCACAUCUCAAGAGUCGGUUUGCAAGAACAUCAACAGUAAUGGGGAAAAACUAGCAAAAAGGCUAACUAGCACAGUGAUAAGUGAAAUUUUUCAGCAUCAGCUUAACUUGUUAUUUUCUGAUGAGAUACCAACUUCAGCAUGUGUGCCUCUGGAAUCAAAAGAUAUUGAGAAAAAGAUCCAAAAGGCAGUGGAAACAGCUAGUAAAGAAUGUCAAACCUCAUCUCCAUAUACUGUAAAGUUGCCUUUCAAAUUUUUAGAUGAUGUUAUUGCUGCUCUUUUAGCAAAAGUGUUUUCAAAGCUAUCCAAUGUCAAAACAAAAAUAUCACAACAAAAUUUUUUGACACAACUUGAUUUCCUUCAAAUGAAGUUAGUAAGUGCGGUUGCAGCAGAUAUUGCCAAAAAUGAAGAUAUGAUUAUACAAUAUGUAGAAUCCUUGCAUCCAAAUGACGAUGAAAUUAUUCAACUGGUGGUUCAGACCAUUUAUAAUAAUCUUUUGCCACAGUUCGGAUCACAGGAAACCAUACAAAAUUGUAUAGCUAGUGGAUGCAGACUCCUUUCAAAAACCAUAGUGGAUUUAGUUCUACGAGAAGUGGCUGGCAAUCAGUUACAGAACUAUUUUGGUGGUGAGUUGACUCCAUAUCAGUGUGAAGAAGUUGACAAUGUUGUUGAAAAUAUCCUCACCAAUGUUGCCUUAACUACUCCAUCACAGCCACCAUGUCCUCGUAAACUAUCUUAUAAUGUAAUAGAAGCAAUUGCUGUAAAGUUCUUAUCAAAGCUUUUAUCCGUGUUUCCAAAAGUGCAAAUGGGAAGAACUAAAUCUCAAGAAAAUGAAAUGCAAAAAAUAAGCUCCAAAAUAUUAAAGUCAAUCCAAGAGUGUAUCUCCAAAAGUAAGAUCAAAGUUGUAAAACCUUCCAAGGAAUCGGAACCUGUGCCUUUAGCUGACGAUGCAACUAUUGAAAAAGUAGCCAAUUCUGUUUAUGCCAAUCUUUUAAAACACUCUGGCUCUCCUACGUCUGUAUUUGAAGACUUAAUGGGUAAGAGUAAUGUUCUUCCUGACAUAAUAGGUUCGCUAAUGGUGAAGGAGAUUUCCAAUUCAGAAUUUCAACCUCAAGCAGAAGAAGAACUUUCAAAUUCAGAAUUAGCUCUAGAAGCUGUCAAAAUUAUGGAGAAGGUAGUAAAAAUUAUUGAUGAGCUUAAGUCCCAGGAAAAAUCUUCAUCCCUAAAAGAUUUAAUGUUAGACUCCAGAGCUUUGGAGGAAGCUUUGGCCUUGUUCUUGGCUAAACUAGUAAAGAAGUCUGGUGUGGCGAGCCAAGACACAGACAGUUUAACAAAGCCGGAGUUAAAUAAAAUUGCAUCUCAGCUGACAAAAUCUGUAACAGCUGAAAUUUCCAGAAGUAACAUAAGUCUUGUGGACUCUGAUCCUGAAGAGCAACCUUUAGAUCCAGAAAACAUUGAAAUGAUUUCCCAGGUUAUUGAGUCUGUUUAUGAUAAUAUAAUAAAACAAUCUGGAGCCCAUAAUGAACUCUGUGAUAUGAAAGAUACAAAGAAGUCCUUCCCUAAGAAAGUGGCUAGCUUAAUUGUCAAUGGAGUUUCCAGUGUUCCAUCAUGUAGAGUUAGCACAAAGAGUUCUGAUGCUGGUGCCAUUGGAGAUCUAGACACAAAUCGAAUCAUUGAAAAGGCACAAAAGCAUGCUGCACGAAUGAGCUCUGACUCUGACAAAGAGUCAGAUGAUGUAUUAGAAGAUGAACUUCCAGUUAGAAUAAUUCCACAUGUCGGGAAUAAACCAUUGAAAAUAGAUCCAAAUAUCAUCGCAGAACACUUAGCAGUUAUUUCUAUGAAGACUCAGCCUCUGGAAACACUUAAGAUGGACUGUAUAAAGAGAACUGGAUGCAGCAUCGCAGAGCUGAGAAGGGCUUCCAUAAGUGGAAAAGGUCACUCUUCCACAGAAGUGUGUGAAGUAGGAACGAGACAGAAAGAAAGACGCAUCUCAUUGGAUAGGACAGGACGACUAGAUGUAAAACCCUUAGAGGCUGUUGGCAGGAAUUCAUUUCAAAAUGUAAGAAGGCCUGAUAUCACCAGAGUAGAGCUUUUGAAAGAUAUUCAUAACAAGAAAGAUCUGAUCGUUCGGUUAGUAGCUCAUGACAUUAGUCAGAAAGAUUUAGAUGGUAGCUUCAGAGAGGACAUGAUUUCUGAUGAAGAGGAAAUUGUUUUAGGAGAGGUUGUUGGACAUCAGUGCUUAGGAGAAAUAUCUGGAUAUCAUGUUGGAGAAGUUGUGAAACCUUCAGAAACCCAAGUUGUUUCUCCCAAGUCAACAACGAGCACAAGCAGCCUGAGAAAAUUCUUAGCACUAAGCAAAUGCUGUCAUCCCACAUCUGGUGAACAUAUUGAAAGUAUAGAAGCAACUGAAAGCCAGACAGUGGAGCCUAACAAGACAAGUGUUAAAAGAGCUGUUGCUGAGCUUGACAUGCCUUCUUCCAAAAGCUUAGCAGAAGAACCGUCUUCUAGGGACAAGUUACAAAAUAAGAAAGAAGAAAGCCUUGCUACGGAACCAACACAUUACUUCAUACACAGAAUUAUGAGUACCUCAUCAUACAACCAGGAAGAUCUCAUUUCUGGUGAAGCAGAAGAGUUUAAACCAGAUCUAAAGGGUAAAGUAUUGAAAGGAUGUUCUCAGGAACCACAUGCAGGGAACUCAAGCAGUGUUCAGUUUGUCACCAUCUUUGAAGGAUCAAAAAAUAUGGCCAGCAGUGCAUGCCCCUCAAAGGAACACAUUUCAGAAACAUCCAAGAACACUAUUUCCAAGCAAGGGUCUAAAAUGCUGGCAAAGGUAUCUUCAACUCUGUCAAAGGUGUUCUCCCGAUCUAGUGGCAGUAUUCUGAACUCCUCUUCACCACCUCACCAGGAUAAGCACUAAGCUUCUCCACUUGAUAAAAUUGUGAUUUCCUAUAAAAUAAAAUAUUUA